AUGGCGCCCAAACGAAAGGCCUCCGACGAUGACUUUGUCAUGACAUUAUCGGAUGAGGAGAAUGAUACGCUGAAUCCCGUUGACGAGGAGGAGAACGGUGCCGAGGAUGAAUUCGCUACGAAGACCGGUGCUACCACCAGUGGUGGUGCUGCGGCUACGAAAAAGCGCAAGAGAGAAGAGUCGCGCGAUUCGAAGAAUAAGAAGGUGAAGAAACAGACGGAGGUUAAGAAGGAGGAGAAGAAUACGAAGAAGAAGGGGUCGAAGAACGGGGUUCCGGAGCCGGAAGAACUGGAGGAGGACGAGGAGGAGGACGAUGAGGACGACGCUGCAGAGGAUGACGGGGCGCUGAACCCAGAUUUCGAGUUCGAUGUCGGGGGUGUUGCGAAUGAGAUCACCGAGUUUGAUGGCUGGGCUCAGGGGGUGCCUGAGGUUGAGGAUCCCAGGAGAAAGGGCGGCGAUAAGAAGGCGGUGGAUAUUGAUGAGAUUAUUGAGCGGCGGCAGGCGAAGAAGGAGGCUGCUGCGUUGAAGAAGAAGAAGAAGAAGCAGCAGAAGGAGCAGGAGGAGGAGGAGGAUAGUGGGGAUGAGUCGGAUGGGGGUAUGUCUGUGGAUUUUGGAGAUGAUGAGUUGUUGGCGGAGGAUGGGUUUGGGAUGGGUGCUAAUGGGGAGGAUGAGAGUGGUGAUGAAGGUGAUGAAGAUGAGGAGGAGGAGGAGGAGGAGGAGGGAGACGAAGGUAGUGAGGGUGAGGAGGACGAGGAUGAGGACGCGGCUUCCGACGACGACUCUGUCGCGACGCCUGUUGCGCACCCGGACGAUGUGGCCGCCGACGAGGAAUCCGAUGCCGAGAGCGAGGUCGACGCCGAAGAAGCUGCCAAGCGCAAGGCCUUCUUCGCCCCGGAAGAGAAGACAGACAACACUGCGGUGACUUCGAAGCGCUCCUUCCAGGAUUUCAACCUCUCACGACCCAUCCUCCGUGGUCUGGCGGCGGUCAACUUCGCCAACCCGACCCCCAUCCAGCAGAAGACCAUCCCCGUGGCGCUCCUCGGCAAAGACAUCGUCGGUAGUGCCGUCACCGGUUCCGGUAAGACGGCGGCCUUCGUCGUCCCCAUCCUCGAGCGUCUGCUGUUCCGGCCGCGCAAGGUCCCCACCAGCCGUGUUGCGAUUCUGAUGCCCACGCGUGAGUUGGCGGUCCAGUGUUACAAUGUGGCCACCAAGCUGGCGACCUACACCGACAUCACCUUCUGUCAGCUGGUCGGUGGUUUCAGCCUGCGCGAGCAGGAGAAUAUCCUCAAGAAGCGGCCCGACGUGAUCAUCGCCACCCCGGGUCGUUUCAUCGAUCACAUGCGCAACUCCCCCAGCUUCACCGUCGAUACCCUGGAGAUUCUGGUGCUGGAUGAAGCCGAUCGCAUGCUCGAGGACGGUUUCGCCGAUGAGCUGAACGAGAUCCUGACCACCAUUCCCAAGUCCCGCCAGACCAUGCUCUUCUCCGCUACGAUGACCGACACCGUCGACAAGCUGAUCCGCGUCGGGCUCAACCGCCCCGUGCGCCUGAUGGUCGAUUCGAAGAAAAACACGGCCCUGACGCUGACGCAGGAGUUUGUGCGUCUCCGCCCCGGCCGCGAGGACAAGCGCCUGGGCUACCUGCUGUACCUGUGCAAGGAGAUCUACACUGGACGGGUGAUUGUCUUCUUCCGCCAAAAGAAGGAGGCUCAUCGCGUCCGCAUCGUUUUCAGUCUGCUGGGCUUGAAGGCCGCCGAACUGCACGGCAGCAUGAGCCAAGAACAGCGUAUCAAAAGUGUGGAGAGCUUCCGUGACGGCAAGGCCGCCUUCCUCCUGGCCACCGACCUGGCGUCCCGUGGUCUGGAUAUCAAGGGGGUGGAGACGGUCAUCAACUACGAGGCGCCGCAGAGCCACGAGAUCUACCUUCACCGUGUCGGUCGUACUGCCCGUGCGGGUCGGUCGGGUCGGGCCUGCACAAUUGCGGCCGAGCCCGACCGCAAGGUGGUGAAGGCUGCGGUCAAGGCGGGCAAGGCACAAGGCGCCAAGAUCGCCAGCCGCGUGAUCGAUCCUGCGGUUGCGGACUCGUGGGCGGCCAAGGCCGAGGCCCUGGCCGACGAGAUCGAGGAGGUCCUCGAGGAAGAGAAGGUGGAGAAACAGCUGGCGCAGGCUGAGAUGCAAGUGACCAAGGGAGAGAACCUGAUCAAGCACGAGGCGGAGAUCAAGUCCCGACCCAAGCGGACGUGGUUCGAGACGGAAAAGGAUAAGCGUGCUGCUCGCAAGCUGGGGGCGGAGCUGUUGAACGGGCCCGGGGCGGGGGCGUCCAAGAAGGAGAAGGUGAAGCUGAGCAACAAAGACAAGAAGAAAUUGGAUGACAUGCGGGAACGCAAGGAGGGCAAUGCCGGCUGGAAGAAGGGCAAGACCACGCGAGAGACGCAGAAGAACGGGCGACUCCCAUUGUCCUCCCUCGGCCUCUCGAGGCAUAUACUGAUGGACUUCUCUCGCAGGCUCAAAGACCCCUCCAAGAAAUACAAGCGGUUUCAGCCGCUCAACCUUCCGGACCGCCAAUGGCCCAACAAGGUCAUCGACACCCCUCCCCGCUGGCUGGCCACGGAUUUGAGAGAUGGUAACCAGAGUCUGCCCGACCCCAUGGAUGGGGAACAAAAACUCCGCUUCUUCAAGAUGCUCCGCGAUAUUGGCUACAAGGAAAUUGAAGUCUCCUUCCCCUCUGCCUCUCAAACGGACUUCGACUUCACCCGUCGCCUGGUUGAGACUCCUGGCCUGGUCCCCGACGACGUAUGGCUCCAGGUCCUGUCCCCGUGCCGGGAGGACCUGAUCCGUCGCACGGUCGACUCCCUCAAGGGCGCCAAGAAGGCGAUCCUGCACAUCUACCUGGCCACGAGCCCGUGUUUCCGCCGCAUCGUCUUCAAUAUGGACAAGGAGAAGAGUUUGGAGAUGGCCGUCCGCUGCACCAAGUAUGCCCGGUCGAUCACCAAGGAUGACCCCGCGAUGGCCGACACAGAGUGGCACUUCGAGUUCUCGCCGGAGACCUUCUCCGACACCGAGCCCGAGUUCGCCGCCCAGGUCUGCGAGGCCGUCAAGGCCGCCUGGGAGCCCACCGAGAAGGACCCCAUCAUCUUCAACCUACCCGCGACCGUCGAGAUGUCGACCCCCAACGUCUUCGCUGACCAGGUCGAGUUCUUCUGUCGCAACGUCUCCGAGCGCGAAAAGUACGUCGUCUCCGUCCACCCCCAUAACGACCGCGGCUGCGCGGUCGCCGCCGCCGAGCUGGCCCAGAUGGCUGGCGCACAGCGUGUCGAGGGGACCCUGUUCGGCAACGGCGAGCGCACUGGAAACGUCGAUUUGGUCACGCUGGCCCUGAACCUGUACACGCAAGGUGUUUCGCCCAAGGUCGACUUCUCCGACAUCAACGCGGUCAUCAAGGUCGUUGAGGAGAGCAACAAGAUCCCCGUGAACGAGCGCUGGCCUUACGGCGGACAGCUGGUGGUGUGCGCCUUUAGUGGCAGCCACCAAGACGCGAUCAAGAAGGGCUUCAAGCUCCGCGAGGAAGCAGGCGCCGGCGACGACAUGAAAUGGGAGAUCCCCUACCUGCCGCUGGACCCGCAGGACAUCGGCCGCACUUACGAGGCCGUCAUCCGGGUCAACUCGCAGAGCGGCAAGGGUGGCGCCGCCUGGGUCAUCCUGCGCAGCCUGGAGCUGGAUCUCCCGCGCGCGCUGCAGGUGGAGUUCAGCAAGAUCGUGCAGCGGCGCACCGAGGAGGUCAGCCGCGAGCUGCUGCCCAGUGAGGUGACGGGCCUGUUCGAGGAGGCCUACCACCUCAAGUCCAACCCGCGCUUCACCCUGAUCGACUACAACAUCACCACCGACCGCUCGACCUCGCCCGCGCCCCCGGAGCCCGGCAGGGCGCUCAACACCAAGAACCUCAAGCGUCGCUUCACCGGUAUCAUCGAGAUCGACGGCGUCCAGCACGGCAUCACCGGUGUCGGCCCCGGUGCCAUCUCCUCGCUGGCCAACGCCCUGGCCACCCUGGGCAUUGACCUGGAUGUUGUGGACUACAAGGAACACGCCAUCGGGCUGGGUCGUGAUGUCAAGGCCGCCACCUACAUUCAAUGUACCGCCGCCGGCAGCAAGGAAACCUUCCUCACCAGCCGCGCCGGCUCCCCCGCUCCCUUCCGUCCUAUCCGCUCCAACACCCUCACCGACGAGGACCUCGAAGCCCUCGAGACUCUCGCCGGCAGCGCCAACCCGAAAGUCGACCUGGAAAGUCUGACCAAGCAAGCCGAGAAGCAGUAG